AUGACCCUCCAGGAAGAGCUCGAUAUGCUGGCGUAUAACCACUCAGCUUGUGAUGUAUCUGAUGCCCUCCUCAAGCUCCAACAAGUCCCAGAAGGUGGCACAGCACGAGCUGGCUUUCUAGCUGAUCUCACCCCCUUCUCCCCGGUAAUCGGCCGAAACGACAUAGCCCGUAAAAUCGCGGCCCCAGCAACAACAUUCAAGUUUCUCAACAAGAAUGACAGUCCGCCCACACUCGCAACCGAGAACCCCGAGAAACACGGCUUUCCGCCGGGAAAACACUGGGUGGACUACGCCGGCGACUUUGCCGCGGCGGACCCAUCCAAUGCCGGCUUGAUUAUGGUGAUCGAUCAGCCCGAGGAUCAGUACUGUGCGGUGACGGGUGGGAUCAUGGCGGCGCGGAUGAAAAUGCUGGGAAUCCGUGCGGCUGUUGUGAAUGGGCGGGUGCGCGAUGUAAGAGAGUUACACGAGACGGAUCUUCCAGUCUGGGCGCGGGGAACGUCGACUGUGGGCACAGGUGCCGAAGCAAAGGCUGCGGUGCGCGAUGUGCCGAUCUCGAUUCAAGGGGUGACUGUCUCUCCGGGGGACAUCAUUUUCUGCGAUCCCAUGGAGGGCGUAGUCGCUAUUCCACGCGACUUGCUUGGUCCCAUUCUAGAUCUCAUGCCCAGGAUGGUUCGCAUGGAUGAUCAAGCGAGGGCCGCCGUCAUCGACGGCAUGACGGUAACAGAGGCCUUCAAGACCUUUCGAGCAUAA